GUGUCCCGCAGUGCGGAGAAGCCUCGCGCCGGAGGGUGCUGGGAACGCUAGCCGGGCUGGGGCCGCCACUUCCCUCCCUCCGGGCGCUAGGAAGAUGACGCGCUUCGCGCUGACCGUUGUCCGGCAUGGAGAAACAAGAUUUAACAAGGAGAAAAUAAUUCAAGGACAAGGAGUAGAUGAGCCUCUUUCAGAAACUGGAUUUAAACAAGCAGCUGCUGCUGGCGUAUUUCUUAAUAAUGUGAAAUUUACUCAUGUUUUCUCCAGUGACCUCACAAGGACAAGGCAGACUGUGCAUGGGAUUUUGGAGAAGAGCAAAGUUUGCAAAGAUCUGACAGUAAAGUAUGAUUCAAGGCUUCGAGAAAGAAAAUACGGGGUUGCAGAAGGCAGGGCACUAAGUGAGCUAAGGGCAAUGGCCAAAGCAGCUGGGGAAGAAUGCCCUGUGUUCACGCCACCCGGAGGAGAGACAUUAGACCAGGUGAAAAUGCGUGGAAAAGACUUUUUUGAUAUUCUUUGUCAACUGAUUCUGCAAGAAGCAGGUGAAAAUGAACAGUUUUCCCAAGGAGCUCCAAGCAGCUGUCUGGAAACUUCUCUGGCAGAGAUAUUUCCCUUAGGAAAAACCUGUCCCUCUGAAUCUAAUUCAGACAUCAGAGCUCCAGGAUUAGUCGCCAGCGUCUUAGUUGUGAGUCAUGGCGCUUACAUGAAAAGCCUGUUUAAUUAUUUUCUGACUGACCUUAAGUGUUCCUUACCCACAACUCUGAACAAAUCUGAAUUUAUGUCAGUCAGUCCCAACACAGGGAUUAGUCUCUUUAUCAUAAACUUUGAGAAGGGACAAGAAAUGAAGCCAGCAGUUCAGUGUGUUUGCAUGUACCUACAGGAUCAUCUAAAUGGAAUGACUGAAACUUGCUAAGUUUAAAUCUACAUCAAAAUCUAGCAGUUUUGAACCUCUGAGGGAGUGCCUUUGGCUUUAUUUCCAUCCUCUGCUAGUGCUGAUUUGUACAGCAGGUUAUAAAGCUUGACUGGAAUCAUGGCCACAGAGAACACUAAUGGAAACCAUUUAGGACUGACUUAUUUUGUCUUGUGUACAGUUGGCAUUUUCCAAAGUGAUUUUACCACCCUGUUCAGUUACAUCUCUGGAUUGUAAAUGGAUCAAGGAAUUCAGUAUUGCAAAUUGAGGUAUUAAUGACCUUGUGACUAUGGGUUUUUUUUCCCCCAUUUUAUGUUGAUUUUUUUUAAUAUCUGAAAAAUCUAGCCUGUUUUAUUGGCUCUUGGUAAGAUACUGUAUGUUUUCUACUAUCUCGUUCAGUGCUUGAAAGAAGGAACUAUUUAUAAUUCUCACUGCAUAUUUAUAGUGAGAACACACUGUAUUUUAAAAGUCUCUAAAUUAAAAAUUCUUAACCAUCCUCAGUUUAUAUAAAGCAAAAUGACACUAAAAUUUUUAAUCUAGAAAUCAACUGUUGGAAUUUUUAACUCUUGGAGGGUUUGAAAUGUGGAUGAAUACAGAUUAUGAUUGCAGAUUGGUCUGAUGAGGAAGAAUUUAAAGCAUCAUAUUGACUAAGACACAUUAAAGAAGGAAUCUCUGAGCAAAAGAAGAUAAAAGAACAGCUCUUUCUCAUCCAACUUAUAUAGGCUGAAGAAUGUAGUUUGAGGAAGGCUUUAAAAAGAGUUCAUGGUUACUAGUGUAGUACACAGUAACCUCAGAAGGAAAAGACUCUUCCUUGGAAACAAUGUUGCUCUUGCUCUGAUAAUUGUUUUUGUGGAAGGUACAGUUGCCUCUUUUUUCCACCAGAUGGCACUUGGAGAAGAGGGAUUUUGGUUAACAGAAUUUUGUACAUAAGAUUGGCCCCUCAAAAGUCCUUCCCUAAAUUAAAGUCUUUUACAGGUAGUUUGCUUUUAACUUACCAUGCUGACGAAUGCUGUGAGUCUCAACGUACGAGAGUAUUAAUACUAAAGUUUGCCAGUUAAGGCUAAAAUCACAUAUGGUCAAAAUUUACUUUGGACAGCAUUUAAGUCGCUCAUCAAGUUUGGUGUUAGUGUUCUCAGCACGCCCAUCCCUGCGCCUUCCCUGCAGAGAGCAUGUGGAUGAGCACUAGGGGGAGCGCUCCACAAGGGAAAACUUGAAAAGGACGAACAAUAAUAAAUGUCCACAUUCUCACCAUCCAGAAAUAAUAACUGCCCCCUUCUUCCGUUUUUCUUUUCUUUUUUUUUUUUAAGGAAGCAACACACUGAGAUGUAAGUGAGCUUCUUUAACCAGGUCCCUCAGGGCUGUGCCCCCUUGCACCUUGCAGAAGCCAGCACCACAGUGCGACUGUAUCUGCAUCCAUCCUUUAUGUUUUUACCUAUGAUUGUAGGGAGGUGGUAUUGCUGCAGAGUUCGUUUUUAACAUGUACAUAAAUAUCACCAGUCUGUAUUCUGUAUUUUCACUUAUUAUAUCAUGGGUUUCUAUGUAUGUAUGGAUCCACUUAUUAUCACUGUAUUCUAUUAAAUAAAUGUGGCACAUGCUCA